AUGCUCAUCCGCAACAUAUGGCUUGAACCAUCAGGAUGUCCUUUUGCCUCAGUCUCGACAAAGUCGAGAGCUCGACGACGCUAUGGAGUGAAAAUCAGAGCGCUUCCGAAGCGCAUCAGAGGCUCUCACGAGCCACAUCUUUACUCUUGUGAGUACGAUUCCUUUUGCUCUUUUGAGCUCAGUUUUCAUUCGAAAGCGACAGAGGACAAGCUACCUUUCAGAUUGGUAGCGGAGCUUUGCUCCAGCUACGGCUUUGGGUGCGAGAUGAAUCACCAGACAUGGACCGGGGGGAGCAAGUCUCCCUUAGAUCUCGUGACAUGGGAUGGCGAACACGCAGGGUGGCCGAACUAUGUGAGACGUGUGAGAUUGGCCUGGGAACGCACUGAAGCAUCGAAACGCAGGCUUCUUGGUGCUCAGUUGGUCUCCCGGCUGAAGGGCAAGGCCUGGGACAUUAGCGUGGAAGUGGACCACAGAGAGUUGCAGAAAUCCACUGGACCGAGGUACCUGUUGAGGUUUUUAGAAGAACGCUUACUCAAGACUCCUAUUCCAGAUCUGGGAUUGCGCCUGGAGGAUUUCUUCAUCCGUCUACGGCGCCAGCCUGGUGUUGGAAUGGCACAGUGGUCCAUGCAGGUCCGAGAGGCAUAUCGCCGUCUCAAGAGAUCUCUAGUGAAGAUGCAAGCUUCCACUUUGUCUCCGUCCCAGCCCCUCACUGUCCAGAAUGUGGCCAAGCAAGGCGUGUCGUCAUCGUCCAAAAGGGGGUCUAAGCGGUCAUCGGUCCGGCGCCAGAGUGUUGAUGAGCCCGAACCAAUGCGCGAUACUCCUUCUGGUUCCCAGCGACGUGACCGUCCUGGAGAAUCCCGACCCCGUGAAGACCAUGGUGAAGACCCCGCACCGGACCGAGAACAACGUCCUGAUGAUCAAGCCGAACCACAUCGUAACGAAGAACCCCGACUACCCGAUGAAGACCAUCCUGCUCAUGAAGGCCGUGACACUGACCAGUGGAGCCGAAGGAGUCAAGGAUCGGCCUGGACGUCCCGCGACUGGGACCGAUGGAAGAGAGGAAAAUGGUGGGAUGAAAGAAGCGAAGCAUCUGAAUCAUCGGGUGAAAUCGAAUGGGAUGAGUUCGACCAAGGUGACACGGACAUUUUGCCCUCAGCAAUCCUUGGUUGGCUGCUUCUCCGAAGGUCAGGACUGAGCAGUUCAGCUCGCCUGGCCAUCCAGAGUGCAACUCAGAACGACCUUGACUUUGAGAAGAUCGAGCGUGCGCUUCGUGACCAAGAAGAAGAACUGCUCGCCACAGAACGCAGGCCCUUUUCUCCUUCAGGGCCAGCUCAGAGGCGCCGAUCCUUUUGGGUGGAACAAGAUGGGGCAUGGGGCCUUCUCCUUGAGGAGCCCGAGGAUGUCCCAGACGAGCAGAUUCACUGGCAGAAGCUGGAACAGGAGCACGAGCCCGAUGCUGGCGGCCUGGAGACCGCUUGGUCUACGUCGCCGUCCGGAAACGAGCUGGAGUGGUCAUUCUAUGAAGGGGAUUGGCGCACCCAAGACGAGGUCGGUGUCUGGUGGUCCUAUGCAGACACCAAACCCUGGCUCGACAUCGAGGAGGUGAUGCUCUCCGAUGCGGUCCUUGGUGGGGAGCUCCUGGAAAUCUACGGCCAGUUCGACCAGAAGAUCAGAACUUUUCGAGAGAGUCGCCAGGUGAUCAAGGACCGGAAUCUUGGGCGAGGCUUCUAUCCUCCUAAGGGUAAGGGCAAAUCUAAGAACAAGGGCUUUAAGGCAUCCGGAAAAGGGUCAUCCACCCAUGGAGCGUCUUCGGUGUUCGCCGUGAAGGGCAAGGGCUCUGGAAAAGGGCCUCAGCGACCAGGAUCGGCAGCGUUCACCGGUUGUUUCAUCUGUGGAUCCAAAGAACAUGACUAUCGCUCAUGCCCUCGACGCAGCUCAACGGGUCCACCCAUGAAAGCAGUGCAGUUUUCCGACCAUGCCCUCUUUAUGGAAGAGCUUGAGCAUGAGAUCUACACGAUCGACGUCGCCAUUGCCACAGAGCCCCCGGCCGAGUUCCUGUCGGAGGAGGCGGAGGCCCGCUUUGAGAUCUACUCGACCAUGCCGUUUGACAUGACGGGCAAAGCCGUGCUCGACAUUGGAGCUACGGCCACAGUUGGAUCCUUGGAGGCGUUGGAUGCGUUGAUGAAGCUGAAGGCCUCGCGAGGUGAGCAUGAAACGCUGAAGGUGUAUCCAGAAUGUCGCCGGCGCUUCCGCUUCGGCAAUGGCCAAACUUCGCAGUCCCUGUCGUAUGUCGAGAUUCCCCAGAGACUGGACGGCAAGCUCAUCUACCUGGGGCUACACACCAUCGAUGCUACCAACGUUCCCAUCUUGCUCAGCGUGAAGACGCUAAAGAAGCUGGGAGCAAUAAUCGAUGUGGGCCGCGGGCUUGUAAUUUUCCAGGCUGUGAACGAGGCAGUCGCGGUCCGACUGGAGGAGUCUCCAACUGGGCACCUUCUUCUCGAUCUUACGCAAGACUGGCUGUCCGCGUCAGUCUCUCUGGAAACUGGCCAGAGCGUGCAGGCAGUUGAGCUUGAGGAGUCCCCCGCAACGCAGGAAUAUGUGCCCGUUUGGAAUGAGCCUGUGAGUGAACCAGAGCAUGUUCUAACUGUACAUUCUGCUGACAGCACACGGCAUGUACAUGUUUCUUCAAACCAGCUUGAGCUUGCCGCCAGUGAUAGCUCUGACGCGCGGAGUAUGCUCACCAGGAAUGUGGAUGCUUUUCUCCUCAUGAGCGAGAAGUCCACCGCGGAGAUUCCGAACCAGCUCAGCUCGGACGCCUCUGCUCAGAACAGCAAGCAGAAGGGCAAGGGCAAGGCGAAGACUGCGGGCAACAAGACCAAGAUCGACCCGAUCGAGCGUUACGACUACUCCAGGACAGAGGGGCCGGAUUUGAGAGACCCCCGAGCGGCGGGGGAGCCGUGUCGGGGCAAUCACCAACCCAUGCCGUUCGGCCGUGGGUCUUUGAGCGGCCGAAAUCAGAGUGCCGAAUGGCAUGUGUGCAGGGUCUGUCACCGCCAGGCAGGCCCUCUGCAGGCGGACACCAAGCUGGCAGUUCAGGAAGUCGGGCCCGAAGUGCUGAACGAUCCCGAACUCCAGGAGAAGCUGACCAGCAAGGAGAUCGGCCUGUCCGGUGCGGAAGCCUCCCUCCAUCGCCGUCUCAAGGAGAUUCAGAGUCGCAGGGGAGCCCGCGCCAAAGCCCCGUCACGUCCUGGUGUGUCCAAGACCACAGAGAAGAACCAGGAAAGCCCAACAGAGUCAGAGCACGGGACCGACAAGGAGGGCGAGCAGAGCAGCGGAUGGAUCAUGGCAGCUUCUCCAUCUCCGGGGCGCAAAGCAGCUCGACCGAAUGCAUCGUGGGGCGAAAUGAAUGAUGAUGUAGACGCAAAGCCUUCUGUGUUUUCCGAUGUGCAUCUGGCGCAGAACGAGCUAGCUCGAAUCGAGCUAGAGGCCCAGCGCCUGUACGCCAGUCGCUCAUAUGACUGGACCUCUUGUGAAGAUUUCUUGUCCUCGCUCAACUUUCCGAAGGGUGAACAGAGAGGAAGUGUGAUAUCCAAGACAGGUGGUCAAUAUGUGACGUUCGGUCUUUACUCACAUGGCAAUCAGUUGGGCAUAUGCAACCGAUCCCAGGAAAUGCCCUAUCUAUGCCGAUAUCUGAAUGCUUUUCUACGAUUUCAGGCAGGAGAGUGCGGCGCUGAAGUGCAAACAUGGAGUUCGUUCGCUGUGGGGUUCAAUGUGGGAUCCAAAAUUCACAGAGAUGUCCAUAAUCUACCAGGAAGCAACAAUCUCCUUGUGGGCAUGGGGUCCUUCUCAGGUGGUGAAUUAUGGCGAGAACUUCCUGAGCGGGCUCCAGGCCGUUCGAGUGCCGUGAAGUGGCGAGUGAUGCCGGAUGGAUCCCGUGUGCGAGGUAUCAAUGAGAACAUCCAUCAUCGAUGUGUGUGCUUCGACCCUCGGAUAAGACAUGCCACUUGCAAAUGGACAGGAAGACGCAUUGUGCUUGCGGCGUUCACGACCAGGUCAUAUGCCGAUGCUGAUGACGCACUUCGCGGACGGCUUCGAGGUCUGGGUUUUCCUCUACCUGUUGGGCUUCCCCGUAAACUUCCCGAGAGUUCUUGUCAUGUGUGCAGUGAUCCCGUGUGUGAACCUGAAGAACAUGAUGCAUAUUGGCAGGUGACGCGGCCCCUGACCGCGAACAUGAAGAAUCACAUCUUGCACGAAGCUCAAGAGUACAUGUCAGACAUUAAGCAGAUUUUGGAGAUCUUUCCUGAGAACGCCGCAGGUGACAGCUUGAGCAUGGUGGAGCUGGGGAUGCGUGAAAGCAACCUGACUCAUGCAGCUAGAGCCCUACAUGUGCAUCAUACUCAUCUCAUGGAUUGUGGGCUUGAUCCCGGAAAGUCUCGAGACCACUCCAGCAUCUGGGACCUUCUCAGGCAAGCGCAGCCAGAUUGGCUAUGGCUGUCACCGCCAUAUAUGCAGGAUGAGGCCGGCCUGAGUGAGAGAGCGGUGUGUCAGCGAAGAAAGCGAUGUCGCAACGCCCAAACAAUAGCAGCUGAUCUUGCGCAAGAGCAGAUAGACCAUGGACGUCACUUUGUGUGGAUAUGGCCAGCAGACACCUCUAGUUGGCGACAAGGUCGAAUUCGCUCGAUGUUUCGCAAGAUGCAACAGGCCGGACUGGUGCAUGAGAGCAUCUUCACUGAGCCUUCGUCAGUGAACUCCCAACCUCUCAGGAGAUGGAGAGCUUGGGCUACGAGUCGCCAUGCGGCUGAGAUGAUGCGAGGAUCGCUCGAAGAUGGACGCGAAGAACAGCAGAACCAGGCCAUCAAAGAAGGAAAGUUAGCUGACAUUCCUUUGCCAGUAUGUCGACGAGUGUUGUUCUGCAUGAAGAAAGACCACAACCAGAAGAAGCUGCAUGCCCAGGAGUGUGUAUCUUACUUUGAGGGAGAUCAAGAUGCCGAUGAGUAUGCCUUGGGAGUGUCCGAAACUCUGAUAGAUCCUGAAAAGAUGUCUCGAGAAGAUCGGGCCAUUCAUGCUCAGGUGAUGAAGCUCCAUCGACGAUGUGGGCACCCGAACAACCGUGCCUUGAUGAACUUGCUCAAAACCCGAGAAGUGGAUGAGAAAACCCUGAAAAUUGCAGAGCAUCUACGGUGUGAUGAGUGCCAGCAGAUGCGCUUGAAUGAGCCCCAUGUCAACGUCGCUCUGGAUCGAUCUGAGGUCCUGUGGCAUACCCUGCAAAUUGAUCAUGUGGAUUUUCGAUAUCAGGACACGGUGGUGCAGAUACUUGUCAUGACAGAUGAAGCCUCACAGUACACCGUAGCCUGCGAGAUGCAUCGCAGACAUCAUGAAGUUAGCCGGAAUGCCACGACUGACGAGGUCAUUGCGGCGCUGGAGCGAGAGUGGGUGAUGCGGUAUGGCUUCCCGAACAAGAUCAGACUUGAUGCAGAGGGAGCUUUCAAAGGCACGAGUCUGGGAGAGUGGGCAGCUGAGGCAGGAGUGGAGCUUGAUGUGAUACCUGCAGAAGAUCAUUCCCAGAUUGGUGUCGUGGAGCGCAUGGGAGGAGUCCUGAAACACCAUGCGCAUGUGCUUCUUCAGACUAGGGAUAUGGAUCCAUUCCGUGCCUUUACCCUCAUGGUGGCAGCGCACAAUGAGUGCCAGUUCAUCAAAGGAUAUACCCCAUUGCAGUGGACCUUCGGAAGACAAUUCUCACACGAUCGGAGGAUGUUUGAAGGUGGCCACAGCAUUCCGGUGCACUCGUCUGAGGGUGUUGAGGGUACGUCGUUCAGAGAGAACCUUCAAGUCCGUGUUUUGGCAGAGUCUGUUUUUCGAAAAAGCCAGGCGGCACGCCGAAUCACUUUGGCCAUGAAUUCGAAGACUCGAAGACAACAAGUUUUCAUUCCGGGCGACUUGGUGUUUUAUCGACGUAUCAAACCACCCGCAGACUUUGCUGCACACGAUGGCAUUCCGUCCAAAUCCAGGAUGGCAAGAUGGUAUGGACCUGCUCGUGUCCUUGCCACGGAGACACGUACCGAUGCCACGGGCCUGGAGAGAAGACCGGGUCAUGUGGUAUGGAUUAUCUCUCAUGGACGCUUGAAGCGCUGCUCACAGUGGCAACUCAGGCAUGCCACUACGUCCGAACAAGUGGUGGCCGAAGGGGCGCAUGCUCCGUCGUGGACUUUUCAUGACCUUCUUCAGCAUUUGCGCAAGGGUCAGUUUGAGUCUUUUGAUGACCUUACCUUGCCGGAGGAUACAUCAAGAUCCAGAUCGACUAUAUGGACACCUGGGACUGUGCCCCGGACAUCUUCGGCAGGUGCUCGAUCGAGUGCGGCGAGAGGUCGUUCUAAGUCACGUGGUAGAGCAAGAUCUUUGAGUGUUCCUCGGCCUGAAGCAAGUGAGCAGGACAGUGGACCUCCAAACCGAGAAGAGCAUAGAAGGAGACUAGAGCGAUCCCGAAGUCCGAUUCUUCAAGAGCCCCCUUCAACCACUGAGAGGCCUCCGUGGUUAGAGAUCGACACCGAGAUCAGCUUGCAACGUCUUCUGGAUGAUCCUCGGUAUGGAAUUGGUUCAAGACAUGUUCUACCAGCAAAUCAAGCACAAAGUUCUACUUCCCAAAGGGUGUCUGAGCUGGAGAAGAAUGAGCAGUUCAUGAAACAGAAGCGUAAACGACAAACUGAAGAACGAAUGAUGCUAGCAGAUAUUUGUGAUGAGGAUUCUCCGCAUGCCGUGCAUAUGUCCGAAUCUAGUCAAGCUGUCUGCCAGAUUGAUUUGCACUUACCACAGACAUCUUCCGAGUGGAGACUUUUUGAGAGAGAUGCUACCGCUUGGGCAGUGCAGGCCCUCAGAAAGACCGAAGUCCGGUGGUCUACCCUGGACGCAGAAGGAAGAGAAAAAUUUGAAGCAGCCAAACGAGCAGAAGUAGACCAAUGGCUGCAAGCAGAAGCAACGAAGGCUGUAGCGGGACAUGUGCCUGCAGAUAGAGUUGUUCGUAUGCGGUGGGUGUUAACCUACAAGGACACAGGAGCUGCAAAAGCUCGCAUCGUAUUGAUUGGAUUUGAAGAUCCAGAUCUCGGGGAGUUGGUGUCUAGCUCCCCGACGAUGUGCAGAAGAACUAGGCAACUUAUCUUGCAAUAUGCGGCGCAGCGGGGAUGGAAAUGCCUGAAAGCUGAUGUGAAAUCAGCGUUCUUGCAGGGCCCAGCGUCUCAAGAACAGCGAUCCAUAUUCGCUAUGCCGGUGCCCGAACUGGCCAAGGCGAUGGGCGUAGAAGCCGGAAAAGCCGUACAGGUUUGCAAGGCGGCGUACGGAUUAGUCAACGCUCCUGCAGAAUUCUACCGUGCGGUGAACAACUGCUUGCAAGAACUGGGGUAUGAACAGUUAGUCACUGAACCAUGCUGCUGGCGUUUCCGUGUCAAAUGUCCUCGUACAGGUAAGAUGGUGACUCAAGGACUCAUUUGCAGUCACGUCGACGACUUCAUUAUAUGUGGCAAUGAAGAGUGUGAAGCUUGGAAUGCAGUUUUGACAGCGUUCCAUCAGCGUUUCCGUUGGUCACCGUGGGAACAUAGCUCGUUCACACACUGCGGCAUUGUCAUCAAAGAAGCUUGCGAUGGCAGCAAAAUCCUUGACCAUAGUAAGUACUGUGAGACCGUGGCUCAAAUUCAUGUACAGAAAGAACGGCCAGAUAAAUCACCAGCUACAGCCGAUGAAGUGAGUCAACUUAGAGCGUUGCUGGGAGCAGUGCAGUGGCGAUCCUACAACUCCGGACCUCAGCAUGCCUUCAAGGUCAGCAUGCUCUUGUCGCAAGUGACGAGAGCAACGGCUCGCACUCUUCGAGAAGCAAAUAAGUUGGUGAGAGAAGUGCAUGGACAACGGCAUCUGUCGACUCACAUCUCUUACCUUCCAGGUGUAGCUCCUGAAGAAGUUCAUUUUGUGUGCUGGACAGAUGCUGCAGUUGCGAAUCGUGAAGACAUGAGUAGUACUGGCGCCUACCUGAUUGCGGCUACAUCACCGGGCAUUUUGUGCUCUGAGGCAGUCCCUCUUUCGGUUACCGCUUGGAGAUCGGCGAAAUUGCCAAGGGUAGCGCGAUCGUCUUUGUCUGCUGAGCUGCAGGCAUUCUCGGAGGGCGAGGAGGAGCUCAUGUUCACAAGACUGUCUUGGGCAGAAAUGUGUGGCUUGGAAGUUCAUCUCGAUGAGCCUUGGAAAACCUUCGGAAAAAUCGUUGGCGUGAUGGUCACCGAUGCAAAGAGUCUCUUCGACGUCAUUCGGAAGGGCGACUUGAACACAUCCGGAUUGGGAAUGAAAGAUAAGUACAGCACCCUGGAGGCCCUUUCGCUGCUUGAGAGACUAGCUAGGGGUUGCACCAUUACUCGCUGGGUGAACUCAGAUGCCCAGCUAGCAGAUGCUCUGACGAAAUGCAAAGCAGAUUCGUCCUUACACAAGAUGCUCGCUGAAGGGAUUUGGAAGCUUGUUUAUGAUGAAAACUUUGUGUCAGCCAAGAAAUCCCGAGCACGAAAGAUCGAAUGA